UAGCAACCCAAAUGCUAAAAGUUGACUGAAGCAGCACAACCAACCCACAUCUAUGUCCAAAAAGCAUCUUCCAAACACAGGCGCACUUGGUGUAACCAUGACCACACACACACCUCAGCCACUCAAAAAGAAUUACAUUAAUCAGAGCGCAAUGCAACAGCCAGUGGCAAAUCAAAUUUACAAGGCUGACUUGCAAAGAAAGCAGCUGCACAGGCCACGAAAGAGGCACACGGAGGGAAGAGAAGUGAGCCAGUCCUUUUUAUGUCACGUUUGGGAAAUAAAGUGGAUUUUUUUUUAACACCAUCCUUUUUCCCCCCAAUGACCUCGCAACAGAAAGGGCUAAAACAAAACAAAAAUGCAGUUAUUUUUCAACAGAAGCAGUUUUUGACCAGAGUGAACCACGUUUUCUACUACAAACUGAGAUGAACAAAGAUGUGAAUGUAAUGAUGUAAUAAUGACAUUCUCAAAACAAAUGUGCCUGCAAUGAGGGCCUUGUGUGUUUUAAUGUGGUGCAAUAUUGGUAUUGUUUCUUCUUUUUUGGGGAGGGGUGUGCUUAAGAUAUAGUAUUAUAAUUUUUUUAACCCAUGUGGUUUGAGAUGAUUGAAGAACCACAGACAACAAAAAACAACAACAAAACAAAACAAAAAAAACUUCCACUUCCUCAUGCUGUACCUGUACCUGUAAAGAUAAUCCACUAAAAUAAUCUGCUGCUGUGUCCCAGCUGGCUCAGAUUCUUCAAAGUUCUGAUCUGACCUCUGUCAUCAACGACAUCACAUUCAAACCACUUGUAUACGGGCUCCAACGGAAUCCUUCACACUCUGUCUCUUCUUCAGCCCUAAGGCACUAUAGGAAACUACUGUGAUUGGCCAGUAUUUGGGGAUACCAGAGAGCAGCUGAACAGGUGUACAGCACCUUAUAAAAUGGACAGUCAGUACUGUAUGUUGUAUUGCUAAAUUUAGAAAAUCCUAAACACACACACACACACACCGCUUGUCAAGUUGUCUGGAUCAGGAGUGAACCAGUGAUGUACGGUCUGUGGGUAUAAAUAUAAUAAUAAACUGUAACAAAGCUCUUCUCUUAGUGGGCUCUUAAAGUCCCACAGUAAAGUGCUAAGUGGAAAUAAGAGAUGGGGAGAGAGACACAGAGAGAGAGAGAGAGAGAGAGGCAGGGAGGGGGAGAGAGAGGGAGGGAGACAGGUUGUAUAGUCUAACUGCAGGAGUAUCAGGAGCCAUAAAGUGGAGAGAGUGGACUUGCCCCCUCUCCUCUCUCCCUUCUCCUCUUUCUCUCUCUCCCCCCUACGCAGUGCACUUGCAGCUGAGCAGCACUCCUGACAGGACGAUCUGCUCUUCAUCUUCCUCCUCCUCCUCCACCUCCCCCUUCUAUCUCCCCUUGCCUCCCCGUGUACAGCAGUAGGCAGUGGUGUGCUGCUUGUGAAUGGGGGAGCCCUGCGCCCUGAACAGUCGCAUCUGACUCCAGUCCAGAAUCCAGGAGUCCCGGAGUGACGCGUGAUGGCGCGGACUCAUUGAUAAAAAUCUGCAGCUGGGAUUAACAUGAACACUCCUGCUGAGCCGCUCUCCUCCUCCUCCUCCUCCUUCUACUUGUACUCCUCCUCGUCCUUCUCCUGCUUCUCCACAUAGCACUGCCUUCACUGCACGAGAUCUGUUUUAUGUGAUUGAAGCCGGCGACGCAGGAUGACUACUACCUUAUCACUGGUGACUGUGUGCGCUCUGGUGGCGGUAGUGCUGGCGUCGAAGACAGAGAGGGCGGUGCAACUGCCCUGCGACUCGGGCCAGUACACUAACAACGGUGAAUGCUGCAAAGAGUGUCCACCUGGAGAAGGCGUGGUGAAGAAAUGUGGAGCCACCCAGACCGUCUGCGCCCAGUGUUUGGACAGUGAGACCUUCUCUGAGAACUACAGUCACACAGAGAAGUGUAAGCCGUGCAAGGAGUGUACCGGCCUGAUGCGGCUGAAGACGCCCUGCACGGACUCCAACGAUGCCGUGUGCGUCUGCAACUACAACUACUUCUUCAAUUACAACACAGGCCGCUGCGAGCACUGCACAGUCUGUCCAGUAGGAGAGGGCGUGUUCAGCCACUGUGACCAUGAACACGACACGGUGUGCGAAGAGUGCGUGGACAAUACCUUCUCUGACCGAGAGAGCUCCCUCGAACCCUGUCUGCCUUGUACCAUCUGUGAUGAGGACACGGAGACGGAGCUGGCUGAGUGCACGCCCACACGUGACUCUGUCUGUCACAAUCCUAACCUACCAACAGAAAUAUACCCCACGUCUGAGAUUGACCCGUCUCUACCCUCGUUCACCUACGAUCUCCCUCCCGAUGGCUCCGACAGCCCGGUACCAGGAGGAGAGACCACAACAUCAAGUGCCGGCUCCCCUCAUUUCCUCGGCCACGGCUUCAACGAAAACCUCAUCCCGAUCUACUGCUCCAUCCUGGCUGCCAUGGUGGUGGGCGUUGUGGCUUACAUUGUUUUUAAGAGGUGGAAUAGCUGUAAGCAGAACAAACAGGCAGCUAACAGCUGUGCGGCUACAAGCAACCAGAUGGUGACGCCGGAGGGAGAGAAGCUGCACAGCGACAGUGGGAUCUCAGUGGACAGUCAGAGUCUGCAGGAGCAGCAGCAGCAGCAGCAGCAGGCCCAGGCUGAAGUGCAGUCUCAGCCGUCACAUUCACACAUUCAGGAACAGAUUGUGGUGAGGGUGGAUGGCGGUCCCCAGCCUGACUCACCUCCCCCAGAGGUCUGAGGAGAAACGGAAAGGAAAGGAGAAGGCAUCCGACCCUGAGGCAGGGAGAGGAGAGGAACCAAGAGGAAAGCAGGGACCUGAGUUGUCGACCAAACACAAGGGGGAAAAAAAUUGGCCACAAAGAGAAUGUAAAAACGGACUCCAAUUGACAUUUCGAAGCGGCCACAGAACAAAAACAGGACUUGCAUGGACCUCCCAACAUCUAUGGGCUACAGUCUGACUCUUCAUCCUUGUAUACAAACCCUGUCUAUCAGUGUGCCUGGACAAAUCCUAUACAGCAAUAUCACUAUCCAUACCACUGCUCCUGCAGAUUCAUUACCAUAUGUAAUUACAUCGCCUACUAACUGACUACUCCAGUAUCAUGGUGUCACAUGACUGAAUUCUCUCUCUAACUGCCAGCUUGUCCUCCACAGGUUUACAUUUCUCUUUAAUUCCACAUUUAUCUGUUACGAAAUAGAUGUGCCUAAAUGGUGAAGGAGGAGAAAAGGUAUCCCAUAAUCCUCAUCCUUAUUUUUUCCCCCCUCAUCACAUUACUCCCUGUGGCAUCACACGCUCAGAUAAUAUUCCUGACUCUGGAUUUUCUCCACUCCACUCAUCUGCUGACGUACAAACCGCAGCAGCGUUACGUGAUUUCUUAUUUUCGUAACAACAGAUGAUUCACAACACUUUGUUUCAUAACAUACCGUUUUAGCAUUUACUUUCUUAGACGGACCUCUAUGACUAAACGAGUGACUCAUAUUUGGGAAAGAAAGGUUAAUUACAUUGUCACCCACCC